AUGAGCUUGAGUUAAUAAGAUAGAAAAUAGAAAAUAUUAUAUAGCAUAGUUAGCGGAGGUUCAGCUUCAGUAUUUACCUAACCAUUUGAAGUGAUAAAAACUCAGCAAGUAUGCAAUCCUAACAAAACAUAAAUAAUUGAAAAAGGAAACUCUCUUUAAUCAUUUUAUGCAGCUUCUAAAGAGAUUUAUUUGUAAAAUAAAAAGGGUAUAUUAAACUUUUUUAGAGGUGCAUCAGUAGGAUUUUUUCGUUAAGCUCUAGGAUUUUCAAUAUAUAGCUAAAUACUUGAGGAGUUGAAUGAUAUAACUAAAAAAAAUGAAAAACUGAAUCAGAAUUAAACUCCUAAAUAUAUAAAAACAGCUUUUAUAGCAGGAAUAAGUAAAGUAAUAGCAAUUGUGAUUACUUGCCCUCUAAUAGUUUUAAAAACAAGACUGGAAUUAGUUGUUGUUAAUAAAAAUACAUCAUUAUUUAAAGAAAUAAAAAUGAUUAUUGCAGAAAAAGGAUAUUUUAGAGGAUUAAAUGGUGUGAUUUCUCGUGAACUUUCUUUUUCUGUAUUUUAGUAUACCACCUUCUAAUUUUUGAAGCAAGUGUUUGAUGAGAACUAAAUAUUUUAAGGAAAUACUUUUGUUGCUCCAUACACAGCAGGUAUUUUAGGGGUAAUACUUAGUUAACCCUUUGAAGUAGUUAGAAACAGAAUGAUGAUUUAGGAUAACAAUCUGCCCUCUAUUUAUAGAUACACAGGUCUGUUAAAUGGUUUUUCAUAAAUAUAUAUGCUAGAAGGAAGUAAAGGUUUUUUUAAUGGUUUGAUUCCAAGAUUAGUUCGUAAGCCUAUAAACACAGGUAUAUCAUGGGGUAUAUAUGAGUUAUUGAAAUAAAAGAAGAAAUAUCCUCAAUAUUGA